AAUGGAUCGCACCUUUUCUUCGGUAAGAAUGGGCGAAGAUCUAGCCAAUGUAAAUCUCCUACGACUCCAUUUGUAUAUAAUUUAUGUUCCUUCGUAUUUCAACGGUCCUGAUUUUCAAAAUCUUCAUGGGAAGAACAGUUUGAUUCCAGCCAACGGCUAAAACUCGAGACCCUAGAUAUUCGUAGUAAUUGUCUCCCACUGUGUACGAAUUUUGAAUUCUUUAUAAGUAAUUGUCUGAAAUGGGUCUGUGAUUCGAGACAUCUUUAUUUUAAUGGAACUGAUUUCGAUUUUUGGUAUAAGUUAUUGACUCUGAUCCAUCUUUUAUGGAAACCCCUAAUUUCCAACACCCAUUAAACCAAAGAAGAGAAGUUCCAAGUUUGUGUUGUUUCAAAGAACUUUGAUUUUCAAUUUCAAUGGCUGAGCUGCGUGAUCAAGUGGAUACUGAAGACCCUCAAGCCCAUAUUCCACUUCUUGAGUCAAAUCAUAAUCAGAGUUCACAACCGACAGAGGAAGACAACGACGAAGAAGCCCUUUUGGACAGUGCCCUCGAACUGUUCGACAAAUUGCUUGGCUUUUUGGGCUUCCAUCAAUCCUCUGUUUUGAGCUGUGCUUUGUCUUGGUCUGGUUUUGUUCUUGUUGGUAUUAUUCUGCCUGUUGUAGUGCUGCAGCUCUCAGAGUGCGCCGCUUGCGAGAAGUACCAGAUUAAGGAUUUUGAGCUUGAUGUAGUUGCCUCCCAAGCUUGUCUUGCAGCUGUGUCUCUGCUUUGUCUUUCUCACAACCUCAGAAAAUAUGGCGUAAAGAGGUUCCUCAGUGUUGAUAGACAGAUCGCCUCUUUGGCUCGGUUUCGUAAAGACUAUGUCAAGAAGAUACGGGGUUCAAUACGUUUGCUCGUUUUCUGGGCACUACCAUGUUGCAUUUUGAAGACUGCUCGAGAGGUAAUUCGAAUACUAUAUGCGGAACGUGUAUCGUGGGGGUUAUCGGUUGCUAUCUUACUGGCUAUGAUCAUAUCCUGGACUUAUCUGACCUUGAUCUCUCUAUCAGCCGCCAUUGUGUUUCAUUUGAUGUGUAAUUUGCAAGUCAUCCACUUUGAUAACUAUGCGAAACUCCUGCAAACAGAGUCUGAAGUAUUGUUAUUAAUUGAGGAUCAUAUUUUCCUACGUUAUCAUUUGUCCAAGAUAAGCCACAGAUUCCGAAUCUUUCUUCUUCUGAACUUCUUGGUUGUAUCUGCCAGCCAAUUUAUGACUCUAUUCCAGACGACAAGAUAUACUACAAGGAUUACCCUCAUAAAUGGUGGUGAUUUUGCAGUUUCUGCAAUUGUUCAAGUGGUUGGAGUGAUUCUUUGCUUGCAUGGAGCAACAAAGAUUUCCCACAGAGCCGAAGGAAUCGCAUCAGUCGCUAGUAGAUGGCAUGCUUUAGUCACUUGUGGUCCAGGUGAUGUAUCUCAGCCGCGAUAUCCAAACGGUAACGGGAGCUCCGAAUCUCCCGAUAGACUGAAAUCAUUGACUUGCACCUACUCUGAAAGUGAUUUGGAGUCUUUGGAUAUUGUUACAAUGCCUACAACCACACAGCUAGCUUCUUAUAUGUCAUCCUACCAUAAAAGAGAAGCAUUUGUCAUGUAUUUACAGAUGAAUCCUGGUGGAAUCACCAUUUUUGGGUGGACAGUUAAUAGAGCUCUGCUGAACACUAUAUUUUUCCUCGAACUCACACUGGUCACCUUUGUGCUUGGGAAGACUUUAGUUUUCACCUGAAGUAUCAGAAAUUUCAGUGGCUGGCCCAAUCGGUUUUGUUUGUAAAAGCCCUUCAAAGCCAAAUGUUGACUCAUACAUGUAAAAUUAUUCAUUGUCCUGAGAAAUUUUGUUUUUGGUGGUCCUUUUUUUUUAAUUUAAUUUAAAUUUUUGUUA